GGCGUUCGUGUGAUGUGCACUUGGUGUCUCAUAAAAUACAGCAACAAGUUCCAAAACUAAAUGUGGAUACAUACACAGAGCUGGGAUGUUUCAGAGUGGAAUCACGGAGAUGUGUCAUCCUGUGCACUCAACAGGGCACUCCGCCGAUGAGGUCUGAGGCACUCAUGAGAGAGACCUGAUCAGCCCUCGCCGCCUCUUCCUCCUCCUCCUCUUCCUCGCGCCCCGCCGCUGCCCGCUGGUGCUGCCGCCGCACGUCCCCUCGAGGGGGGGAACCCGCCGGAUUCCCCGGACGCCGGAAAAAACACCCCCUUGUUCCUCUCCUCCCCGGCUGUCUCUUUCUUUUUUUUUUUUUUUCCCGCGCGUGUUGGUCCCCCGGCUAGCGUUCGAAACUGUUUCUCCAACGCUUCGUCCAAAAACUCAGACUGUUUUCCAAAGCAGACGCGGGCCAGCCGGCGCAGCGGGCGGACGAGGCCAUGGGGAGCGUGCGCGCCCACCGCUACAGCAUCGUCUCCUCGGAGGAGGACGGCAUGAAGCUGGCCACCAUCGCCGUGCCCAACGGCUACGGCAACGGCAACGCCGGGGGCGGCGGCGGCGGAGGGGGCAUCGGCGGCGGCGGUAGCAGCCCCGGCGGCAGCUGCAAGGUGCACACGCGGCACCAGACCCAGAGCCGCUUCGUCAACAAGGACGGCCACUGCAACGUCCACUUCAUCAACAUGAGCGAGAAGGGCCAGCGCUACCUGGCCGACAUCUUCACCACGUGCGUGGACAUCCGCUGGCGCUGGAUGCUGGUCAUCUUCUGCCUGUCCUUCCUGCUCUCCUGGCUCUUCUUCGGCCUGGUCUUCUGGCUGGUGGCGCUGUCGAACGGCGACCUGGAGCGCAGCGAGCAGCUGUGCGUCUCCAACGUGGACAGCUUCACGGCGGCGUUCCUCUUCUCCGUGGAGACGCAGACCACCAUCGGCUACGGCUACCGCUACGUGACGGAGGACUGCCCUGUGGCCGUCUUCAUGGUGGUCUUCCAGAGCAUCGUGGGCUGCAUCAUCGACGCCUUCAUCAUCGGCGCCGUCAUGGCCAAGAUGGCCAAGCCCAAGAAGCGCAACGAGACGCUGGUCUUCAGCCACUACGCCACCAUCGCCAUGCGCGACAACAAGCUGUGCCUGAUGUGGCGCGUGGGCAACCUGCGCAAGAGCCACCUGGUGGAGGCGCACGUCCGCGCCCAGCUCCUCAAGUCGCGCACGACGGCCGAGGGCGAGUUCAUCCCCCUGGACCAGAUGGACAUCGACGUGGGCUUUGACACCGGCGUCGACCGCAUCUUCCUCGUGUCGCCCAUCACCAUCGUGCACGAGAUCGACGAGGACAGCCCCUUCUACGAGAUGAGCCGGCAGGAGCUGGAGACGUCCGAGUUCGAGAUCGUGGUCAUCCUGGAGGGCAUGGUGGAGGCCACGGCCAUGACCACGCAGUGCCGCAGCUCCUACGUGGCCAGCGAGGUCCUGUGGGGCCACCGCUUCGAGCCCGUCCUCUUCGAGGAGAAGAACCACUACAAGGUGGACUACUCGCGCUUCGAGAAGACCUACGAGGUGCCCUCCACGCCCGCCUGCAGUGCCAAGGACCUGGCCGAGAAGAAGUACGUGCGCUCGAGCUCCAACUCGUUCUGCUACGAAAAUGAGGUGGCCUUAAUGGAUAAGGAGGAGGAGGAGGAGGAGGAGAACAUAGAACUGGAGGGCACAAACAUGGACGCCGGCUCAGACACGUUGUCCGAUCAGGACGCGGUGCCUUUAGAAGCUAGGCCACUGAGACGAGAGUCUGAGAUAUGACACCUUGACUGAGUUACACUGACAAACAAAAUACGACACGAAAAAACAAAACAAAAUGUACAUAAACACUACUUCCUACGAGUGAAUCUUGCCGGUGAAAGGUGCGACCGCAGCAGUGGACAGGACUGACGUGUCGGUGUCGUGACAGGGCAUUUGGGAGCCCGUCUAUGCAGGACUGGACAGAGGCCAGGAGAUCCAUGGGAUUGCAUGAUUGAUUCCCUCAAGUUCUCAUGCAUGGGGCUCACCACAAUAUUGUGAGACAGUAUGAUUUGCUCUCCUCAUGUCGCUCCGUGAAACACAAAUGUCACUCUUAUGUUGUUGUUGUUGUUGUUUUGAUGCAUUCAGGGUACGGUGCUGUCGCAAACGCUUCGCCAUCCUGCAGGGUGAAAGAUGGGUUGGGUAGCAUGCAAUCUGAAUGUGGUUCUGCAUGUUUCUGAAUACCUGCAAGUUCUUUAAAAAGGCUGCAUUCACACAUAUUUUUUUUACUGUUUGAGGACAACUAUAUUCUCCAACGGAGCUGGUCGGAAAUGAGGGAUUGUGUGUGUGAGUGUGGAAGGUGUUUUACCAUUAUCAUUUUGAGAACAUAA